CGACUAUCGAAUCAAUGUCUUAACGACCUCGUCAAUUAAUACUGAUUACAACAUCCGCAUGGUCCUCGUUCGGUAACCAUUCAUCCAACGUGUACUUCUCCUCGGCAAUCUCACCGCCCCUCCUCCUUGGUCCGUUUGCGCGUCGGCGACUUCUUCGGACAGUUCUCUUUGAGAGAGUGUCGUUCACUGUCCCUAUUGCGAACCGCACAUACAACAUGCCGGCAGCAAUUGCGCAGCACUCUCUCGCUACCAAAGCUGGCAUACCCACCACCACGACGUCACACCCCGAGAACCCUAUCCCUGAAGAACCUCAAAACAUCCCACGUAUAUCCGAUAGCCAGAUAGGCUCAAACAUAGUUCAGGACUCCCACUCGACUGCUUCUAACCAGUCGGUUACCGGGUUGUCGGAAACUGAUUCGGAUACCGCCGAAACUCCAACGACGGAGCAUUCCGACAAUGGCAAUGGUAGCCGUUUUGAUGAUGCAGCCCUAAAGAAAUCACAAGGAACAACGAGGGCACGUCGUGCUUCGACUGCCUUAAUAUCAGAAAGCUCUGAAGAUGUGCAGAGGAUACUCGGUAAUAUCGGUGCUGGUGGAACGCAGUUAGUUGAAAAGGUUUGCUGUGGUGGCGGCUGCUGUCUUUCUCAGCCACUGCCGAGGUCUGAGGAGGUUGUUUUGAAUCCAAUCAGAACACCAGAUAACCAUGCGUAUCGCAGUUUGAAUUUGAAAAUCCGCACACUCGCCCUGGACAGUGUAUUGACCAACAUUGUACCUCUUCCGGAAAAGACCGUCUCGUUUGGCCGUGUUUCGUCCGGCCUUGUGGACGUCAAACUGGGCCCAACAGACCAUCCUCCGAAAUUCGUUCAGCCUCACCCUCCAUAUGAGGUCUUUCGUGCACCGCUGCACCAUGCCCGAGAGCUCACAAAACCCGGCGCUGAGAAGCGCACAUAUCAUUUCGACAUUGACGUCACUGAUUACCCUGUUGAAGGUGGAGAUGUGGAUUUUGUUGUCGGUGGUGCUAUUGGAGUCUGCCCUAUGAAUAGCGAUGAGGCAGUGGACAGCGUCUUCAAUUGUCUAGGCAUUCCGAAGCCCAUUCGAGACAAGAAAUUAAUGGUCCGCACCGCUGGUGGACGUUGGCCCACCAUCUGGGGUGAGGAGCAACCUCGGGAGCUAGUCACCACACGCCGGGAGUUGCUCAAAUGGUGUUCCGAUAUUCAAAGCUAUCCUCCAACCAAGCAGCUACUGCGCGUCAUGGCCGAAUACGCCUCUGAUCCUCAUGAGAAGAAGAUUCUUAUGUUCCUCUGCUCUGCACAAGGACAGAGCGUUUUCUGCGACCUUCGAACUGGUGUGCAUGUUUCGCUAGAACAACUCUUACAAGCCUUCCCUUCCAGUCAACCGCCUCUCGACUACCUUCUCUCCGUCCUCGGGACGCUCAUGCCACGUUUCUACUCUCUUUCACAAGACCCGACCAUUUCAUGUACCACCCAGGGCGAAAAAUGCCGACGCCUCAUCGAGAUCGCUGUAACUGUUCACGAAAGCAACGAUUGGAAACGCGGAACAAGGACCGGCGUUAGCUCCGGCUUCCUACAAAGACUAGCCGAUCAAGUAAUUGCCGCGGAGCAACAAGGCAUUGAUCCCAAAACUCUUGGUAUCCACGUCCCAAUGUUUCGCGGUCUCAUGGCCAACCCUCUUGCUCGCGAAUUCGUCCUCGACGGACCCAUGCUCCUGAUCGGUGCUGGUGUCGGUAUCGCUCCAUUCCGUGGCUUUGUUCAACGACGACUCAAAUCAGCCAACUGCGCCAACAAAGUGUGGGUUCUCCAGGGUAUCCGCGAUUCACUACUCGAUGAAUUAUACAGCGGCGAAUGGGGCGUUCACGAAGAACAAGUGAAGAAAGUUGUCCAAAGCCGUAGAGGCGAAAGUCGUUACGUUCAAGAAGAAGUUCGCCAUCAGGCUGAUCUGGUAUGGUUCGUAAUUAAUGCACUUGAUGGCCGAGUUUUCGUCUGCGGUAGUAGCAAAGGGAUGGGUGAAGGGGUAGAGGAAGCUUUGAUUGAUGUUGCAAUGGCUAAAGGGAAUUUGAAUCGGGAGCAAGCAAAGGAAUUCUGGGGACGAAAGAAGGAAGCUGGCCAAUAUAUUGCUGUAAGUUUCCCACACCUUGACUUUCGAAUAAAGUCUGAUUCUUAACAGGAAACGUGGUGACCUCUCUCCCGCUUUUUCAGCCCGUCAUUGUACAUUUACAUCAUACAUUGUGGAGGAACAUUUUGCUUGACCUAAUACAUAACAAUCAGCGUUGACUUUGGCAUUUUCUUUUUCCCUUCUCUUUAAGCCCCAGCAGCAAAGAAGGAUAGCAUUUAUGCAUGCAAUUCAUUCUGAUCUAUGGCUGUUUCGCUGUUCCUGUUCAUAGUGUAUAUUUGAGAGGCGUUUGGGACAGCAUGUUCUGUUUUUAUUUGAUUAUUUAGAGUCAUGCUAGAGAAUAGGGUGUGUUGAUUCAUACAUACCAUUCAUAUAUACAUAGUGAAUAUAUUUACGCCACGACUCGCGGCGGUUUUCUGUUU